CUUAAUCACCUAAAAAUGAGGCGCUCAAACACUCGGAUAAGAGACCGGAACGCGCAGCCACAAGCAGCAAAGCAGCAGCACGUCUCGCCUCCCAUGGCCACCAGCUCCACCGCCACCGCCUCCCUGCACCUCCUCCUACCCACCUCCCGCCGCCGACGCCUCCUUGUCCCUCGGGCCACCCACUCCGACUGCACUGUCGACCGCCGCCGUUUCAUUGCCCACACCGCCGCCGCCGCCGUCGCCCCUCUCGUCCUGCCCCCAGUGUGGACUACUCCUGCGGCUCGGGCGGACGACGCGCCGGCGCUGUCCCAGUGGGAGCGCGUGUACCUGCCCAUCGACCCCGGCGUCGUACUCCUCGACAUCGCCUUCGUCCCCGACGACCCCUCCCACGGCUUUCUCCUUGGGACAAGGCAGACGAUAUUGGAGACUAAAGAUGGCGGAAACACCUGGUUCGCUCGCUCCAUCCCUUCCGCUGAGGACGAAGAUUUCAACUACCGCUUCAACUCUGUCAGCUUCAAGGGCAAAGAAGGCUGGAUCAUCGGCAAACCUGCUAUUCUGUUGCACACUUCAGAUGCUGGAGAGAGCUGGGAAAGAAUACCUUUGAGUGCCCAACUUCCUGGGAACAUGGUUUACAUAAAAGCUACGGGGGAGCAGAGCGCGGAGAUGGUUACUGACGAGGGGGCAAUCUAUGUUACUUCCAAUCGCGGCUACAACUGGAAGGCUGCCGUGCAAGAGACUGUUUCGGCUACUCUCAACAGAACAGUUUCAAGUGGCAUUAGUGGUGCAAGCUACUACACUGGGACUUUCAACACGGUGAACCGGUCACCUGAUGGACGCUAUGUUGCUGUAUCCAGCAGAGGGAACUUCUAUUUGACAUGGGAGCCUGGGCAGCCAUUUUGGCAACCACACAACAGGGCGGUGGCGCGGCGGAUUCAGAACAUGGGGUGGAGAGCAGAUGGCGGGCUUUGGCUGCUGGUGCGCGGUGGUGGACUCUUCCUCAGCAAAGGAACUGGGAUAACUGAAGACUUUGAGGAGGUGCAAGUGCAGAGCCGGGGGUUUGGGAUUCUUGAUGUCGGCUAUCGCUCACAGGAUGAGGCGUGGGCUGCUGGUGGGAGCGGCGUCUUGCUCAAGACCACAAAUGGAGGGAAGAGCUGGGUGCGUGACAAGGCUGCCGACAACAUUGCCGCCAACCUCUACUCCGUCAAGUUCCUUGAUGACAGCAAAGGCUUCGUGCUUGGCAACGACGGAGUGUUGCUUCGAUAUCUUGGCUGAAAUCAGCUGCCAAAAUGCUGGCCUUUUUGUAUACGAUGAAGAUACAGUACGUGAUCGGUGUAUACAUGUAACGGCAUUUGUUACUACUGUAAAAGGAGGUUGCUGCAGAUUGUGUUUGCAUUCUCGCUUGCGCAAAAGAGUGUAAAGAUGUACCCGUGACUAUUGUACUACAAAUUAUGAAUGAAACAGUACCAUUCCCACCAAAAA